CAAAAACGUGUAAAUAGGGGUAAAAGAUAUACACACUCACGUAGCGCACACGAACACACAAACCCUCUUCUUCGACAAUGGAAGAAGCCCUCUUCGAUUCACAGCUCCUUCAAUUCUCCGAGCUCUGAACCCACCCAAUUGAAUAAAUCGAUUAUUUUUAUACAAUUAAACUCACAAAAGGUGUUCAAUAAUGGACGUCGAUCCUCGACAGUACGAAAACAUUGUUGUCAAUGACAAUGACAUACACAACAUUGUCCUAUCGUAUCUUGUGCACAAUUGCUACAAAGAAACUGUGGAGUCAUUCAUUGCUUGUACUGGGAUGAAGCAGCCGACCAAUCAUCUUGAGGAUAUGGAGAAAAGAAAACGAAUUUUUAAUUUUGCAUUAGAUGGGAAUGCACUGAAGGCCAUUGAACUGACAGAACAAUUUGCACCUGACUUACUGGAUAAAAACCAGGACUUGCAUUUUGAUCUUUUGAGCCUUCAUUUUGUUGAGCUUGUCUGUUCUAGGAAAUGCACAGAAGCUUUGGAAUUUGCUCAGACUAAGUUGACCCCUUUUGGAAAGGUGCAAAAAUAUGUUGAGAAGCUUGAAGACUUUAUGGCUUUGCUAGCUUAUGAGGAACCAGAAAAGUCUCCAAUGUUCCAUCUACUUAGCUUGGACUAUCGGCAGCAUGUUGCUGACAGUUUGAAUAGAGCAAUUCUUGCAAAUGCCAACUUGCCCGGCUAUUCAGCAAUGGAAAGGCUGAUACAACAGACAACAGUGGUUAGACAAUGCUUAAAUCAAGAAACUGGCAAGGUAGCCUAAAGAUGGCCUUCUGCCAUUUUCUGUUAAGGAUUUUUUGAAGAGCUAGUUCAAGGAAGUCUCAAAGCAUUGUUGGCUUUGGGGUGAUGAUGGAAUCCUUAAUUUCACUCAGAUCAUGUUGCAAUUAUGGUUGGUUUUGGCGUAAAAUUUGGUCAUGCUUAGAAGGCCGUCUCGUGUAUCUGGGUAUUGUUGGCAUUUUCAUGGACUACACGUCCUUUGAAUGGCCAAAAGGAAGGUAUUAUUGGCUUCAACAGAUGGCCAGUUAGUUUUAUCUUGAUUGAUGAUAGUUUGGUUAAAUCCACAAUAUUUCUUGUAAAUGUUUAUGUGAAUUUAGAUUAUUGGAUCUUUUACUAUUUUGAGGUUUUGAUAUGUUAUGAAGUGUGAAUUCCCUUAACUUUCUGAUGUAAGAAUAAUGCUAAUGCUUUUGCACACUGUACUGCCUCCCUCCAUUACGUAUUUUUGAAUAGAUUGAUAUAUUGAAGGUCA